GGCAUUUCAUUGCCAUUCUGCAAGAGGCAUACGUGUAUGACAAGGAGCUAGUAACUAAUCAACCAAUCAGGUGGCAAGCCAACAGCUCCAUGUAGUCAGCCAUGCUGCGCUGUAACGUUUCCCAUCACCAUGGCAGCAAGAUGACUCUGUUAGUCCGGUUGCCAAGCAACAAGGGGUAAUUGCCAGUUCUUGUAAGGAGGCAUGGGUUGCUUCAUUUCCAGAUUAAAUGCCACUUCUCCUUGUCCAUCAGAUGUUAACAUUGAAGACAACGUGGUGAGCCAAGAGAAAAUAGUACCAGCAGAUAUUGAGGAGACUCGUCCAGAGAGUGAAAAGAGAAAGACCCAAUCAGAGAGCACUAGAUCAGCAAGCUUGAAGGACAUCAAGAGAAGUAGUCAGUCAGGAAGCACAACAUCAGCUAGUCCAAAGACUUCACAGAGAAAGAGCCAAAUAAUAGGCCCCUCACAAACAAGGGAUUUGAUGGCUUCAGAAAGUACAGUUCAACCCGAAAUCCCUCGACGGCUCCCAGAGCUAGAGAGAACGAAGGAGGGUCACCUGUUACCACAGGAGGUUCCCAAAUAUGAUGCUGGUGAGGACUUUGUAUCAGCCCAUGAGAUGUACAACUCAUUAAAUGAUGGCCAGAGAGCUCCAUAUCUACAUGAUCCACAGUACAUGCUUAUUCUUGAUGUGAGGGACAGAGGUGACUACAAUGAAUCCCAUAUUACCACUGCUCGACACAGUACUGCUGUUGAUACGGAAUAUGACUGUCUCCUAAGUCAAGGAAAGGUUGAUAAGUUCACUAUGGUUAUUGUCUACGACCAAGGCAGUACAACUCAGACGGUUGACUCAACAUUAGCCAGCUUUAUUCAGAGAUUGAAAGAUGCAAAUGUUGAUGUUCUGAUCCUUAGUGGGGGCUAUGACACUUUCCACAAGACUUAUCCAUUCUUAUGCAACAACUUGACCAUUCGGUCAGAGCAAGACCGUAUGCGGAACUUCAGUUCAUACCCCUCUGUUGUCCUGGAGGAUAUUCUUUACCAGGGCAACGUGAAGCACUCCAAGAAUGAGACAGUCCUCAAGAACUUGAAGAUCACGCACAUCCUCAACGUGUCAACAGAAUGCCAGAAUGCCUUUCCAAAGAGCUUUGAGUAUCUUCAAGUUAAAGUAGAAGACGAGUCUACCGAGCAGUUAGGUCCCCAUCUAGAAAGAGCAGCAAAGUUCAUAGCAGGUGCUAUCAAUGGGGGUGGUCGGGUCCUCGUUCACUGUGUCCAGGGUAAGAGUCGCAGUUCAACCUGUACCAUAGCAUUCCUCAUGUCCUACAGAGGUUGGACAUUGAAAGAUGCCCAUGAGUACCUAAAGGAUUGUCGAUCAAUUGCUGCUCCCAACAGAGGGUUUCUUAUCCAACUCUCCAAGUUUGAAGAAUCCAUCUUUGGGAAAGUUCUUUCCUCGGUAGAUGACUUGUAUUUUUGAUCAAUUUUUGUAUCCUUGCUGAUAUAGUUAAUGAUAAUCAACUUUGAAGUAAGCUUGACCUACAUGUAAAAAAUGUUUAAGUAUGGUGUUGUGUUAGGUUGAUGAUUUUUGUGACUUCAACUUUAACCCUUUGAACCCUAAAUUAUUGGGGGUGGCCGUGACCCAUACCCUGAAUUAUUUGCACGUAUCAACCACAUUCACAAACUCCCAUGAUUUGAGCCCCAAUGGUAUCUUCCCCCCUGCUAUUACCUGGACCGGGCCGGCUGAAGUUGUUUAGCUUCUUGCAGACCUGGUAGGCUGGUAUUCCGGCCUAUCAGGUUCAAAGGGUUAAAUCAGAAAUCUUGGGUCGUAAAUUAUUUUGGGUGCCCCAGACUGAAAAUAUUAAGGUUUACUAAAGGGAGUUACAAUACAUGUAAAUAAACAAGCAAGCAGCAAAAAGGACACACAGCUUUGUGUCUUCUCUGAACAGUUGCAUACAUGUCAUGAAUAUGCAGUGAGUGAGCUGAUAUUGUCACAUCUCCAUUUUAUUUUAUUAUUUAUUCACCUGCAUAGCAGAGUGAGACUAUAGGUGCCGCUUUUCCGACAGCGGCGGUGGCGGCGGCAUCAACACCAAAUCUUAACCUAAGGUUAAGUUUUUGAAAUGACAGCAUAACUUAGAAAGCAUAUGGACCUAGUUCAUAAAACUUGGCCAUAAGGUUAAUCAAGUAUUACUUAACAUUCUGCCUGAGUUUCAGGUCACAUGACCAAGGUCAAAGGUCAUUUAGGGUCAAUGAACUUUGGCCAAAUUGGGGGUAUCUGUUGAAUUAACAUCAUAACUUUGAAUGUUUAUGGAUCUGAUUCAUGAAACUUUGCCAUAAUAGUAAUCAAGUAUCACUGAACAUCCUGUGCAAGUUUCAGGUCACAUGAUUAAGGUCAAAGGUCAUUUAGGGUCAAUGAACUUUGGCCAAAUUGGGGGUAUUUGUUGAAUUUACCAUCAUAACUUUGAAAUUUUAUUGGUCUAGUUCAUAAAAGUUGGACGUAAGAGUAAUCAAGUAUCACUGAACAUCCUGUGCGAAUUUCAGGUCUCAUGACCAGCGUCAAAGGUCAAUGAACUUUGGCCAUAAUGGGGUAUCUGUUGAAUUACAAUCAUAACUUUGAAAGUUUAUGGAUCUGAUUCAUGAAACUUGGCCAUAAGAGUAAUCAAGUAUCUUUGAACAUCCUGUUCGAGUUUCAGGUCACAUGACCUAGGUCAAAGGUCAUAUAAGGUCAAUGAACUUUGGCCAUGUUGGGGUAUUUGUUGAAUUACCAUCAUAUCUCUGUAAGUGUAUUGGUCUAGUUCAUAAAACGUGGACAUAAGAGUAACCAAGUAUCACUAAACAUCUUGUGCGAGUUUCAGGUCACAUGACCAAUGUCAAAGGUCAUUUAAGGUCAUUGAACUUUGGCCAUUUUAGAGGUACAUGUAAUUAUUAGACUGCUGUCAUAACUUUCAAUGUUUAUAGAUAAAGUGUAUAAAAUGUGGAUAUAGGGGUAAUCAAGUAUCACUGACAAGUUUUAGGUCACAUGAUCAAGGUCAAAUGUCAAUGAAUGUAGUUGUAUCAUUAUAUGAAUGGUGUUUUUUGUGAAUAAUUAUUUUAUAGUAGUUUUCAAAGUCAGCACUGCUGCUAUAUUGAAUCGCGUGAUGCAGAUGAGACAGCCAGAGGCAUUCCACUUGUUUCCUCUUUACAUUUCAUCAUCUGAAAUUUUAUUAAUUUCAUUGUUUUUCAUACACAUUAAAUUUGAAACUACAGAAAUUAAACAUGAUAUUGCACAUUGAAUCAGUAAUAGUCAGUCCUAUGAUUUCUACAUUUCCAGAAGAGAAAAAGGAAUAAGGUGAAGCACAUAAAUAAAAAGUAGUGAUGUGACAUCAUUAAAUCGCUCUUUGCUUUUCAUGAUAUGCAUAUAAAAACAUUAAAAACAUUGUUUUCCUUUGAAAAGAUUUGGAAUUCGUAAAUAAACUGAACUUUGUUCAAUACAUGGUAUCUUUUAUGAUAUGCAUGAUUAUGUUAAUGCUAUUAAGUUCAUAACCUUUACAUGUCUUUCUAUUGCUUUCACAUGUCUUUUCAUUUUCUUUAUUUCUUACAUCUUCAUGAACCUUAAAAAUAUGAAACUGAAUGGAAUGCAUUAAACUUUGAAUAUGUAAAUGUGUUCCAUUUUUAAACACUACUGUAGGCUAACACGUUGGCUCGAUUUCAUGUAUCAUUCCAAAUAUUUACAUGUAUGAGAGUUGUUUAUAUGAAACUCAAUUGAGUAUUUAUUGUAUGUCACUGAAAACAUCAUGCUUAUGUUUUAAGAUGAAAUGGUGCAAUUUCACAAUAUCUUUACAAACAUAAUUUUGAAAAGUCUGGUAAGAUAAUUUAAAGAAAGAAAUGUGGAAACAAUUUUAAUACACAUGGUUUCCCAUUCAGCUCAACAAAUUUUACCAGAAAAGCUCUGAAUAAAUGCUUUUUUUGUAUACUAUUUAUUGAAAAUACAUAGCUUCACAAGUCCAUUCGGGAUGAUCAUGUUCAUACACAGAUUUGUAUUGUUCUUGAAGUGACAAUCUAAUUAUGGAAUUAUAUGUACUUAUUAUAAUUAUUUGAAAUAUAGGUUUGCAUGAUGUAUAUUUUGCAGUAUUUAUUUUAUAAUAGUAUUAUCUUUUGUGCAAAUAAUCAAUAUAAUCAAUAAACUGUAUGUGCAUGUGCUCUUUUAAAUUCAUGCCUACUGUAUGCUCUAUGUUUGGGUUACUUAUUGCUAGUAUGACAUUAACUUUCAUUAUAGGUUCAACAAAUAUAUUUUACAUUAUGUAGUUCUUUACAUCAGUUUUAGAGAUGAUGAAUAAUUAAGUAUUGUUUUAUGUACAAUACAGUGUCGAUCAAAAUUACUUCACAUUAUACAUCUAUCCAAUCAAGUCUUUCAUUCAGAAAUAGUACAGAAGAGGCAAUUUUUUCUUCAGUUAUGACGUCAUAUUUGACUUGAUAUGCAGAGUUCUAGCAAGACCCAAUUUAGUUGUGAUCGCUAUUUCACAGAAUAUAAAAGUUUUUUUCAUGUCCAAAUCGGUGGUCUUAAAGCCAAAUGUGAAGGAACAUCAUAGCAAACUGACAUUAUUAAAUAUUUAAAAAUCUAAUAUUAUGCAAAUGACACAUGAUUAAAGAUGGAAAUGAACGCAAGUUCAAUGGCUCUUUGCAAGGAGUUAGUUUUGACACACUUUUCAUUUGAAAUUAGUGGUGGAUGGAAGCAGUGUUUUUCAUGAGUGGUGGUCAGAAAUCUUCUGUUGUACACUGUAGCUAUAACACUGUUGAUUUGUGAUACGUAUACAGAUAUGGAAGGUCAAAAUUGGUCCUCAAACUAAAUUUUAUGAAUGUUGUGACAAAGGGUCAUAAAUUUCUUACAAAAUAAGAUGUGCAUUAAAUUUGUUCAUGAUAACGAGUAGCGUAUUAUUAAAAUUAUCUGUCAUAGAAGCUAGCAUGAGAAACUUUUGAACCUUACAAUGAUGUAAAUUUUCUAUGAUUUCAAGAAUUAGUAAAUUUAUUGUAUGUUUAGUGUUUGUUACCCAUGAAAAAUAGAUACUAUAAUGCAGUUUCAAAUCGUAAAGUUUGCUGUGGUGUUUUAAGUGAUACUUCAAAUCAUACUCUUUCAUAGAUUUACAAAUGUUCUUUGAUCAUGAAUCUAAUUGUUCAGAGCAUGGAUCAAGCUAUCAUAUAUUUAAGAAAAAAAAGAAUCAGUUUCCUUCUAGCAUUGGUGUCAUCUGAUGGGAUAGUAACACUGUUUUCAGUACAGCGAUCAGUGCUGAUAAAAAGCCUACCACCAGUCAAAAAUUGAUAUGGGCACAAGAUGUAACAUCAAGCCCAUUUGACCGGUCCAUAUUUCCCCUGAGAUUUCAAACACAUUUUCAUGUUCAAUGCCAGCAGAUUCUCUAAUAUCGCAGUAGAGUGUUACACCCUACUACCACCAGAAAUUGGCUGGCGAUGACACUUCACUGUUAGUUACAUGUAUGUAUGAUACCACUGGUUAUCAAACGUAUAUUAUUAAUUCAUGAUUAUUUACUGUAGUACCGAUAUAUAGCUGUUAUGAUCAUUAUGUUUGAAAUUAGACUUUUGUUAAUAAAUUUAAGAGAAUAUAGACUUCACCAGCUUUUCUAAUAAUAAUAUAACUGUUUCUAAAUCAUUUGUAAUUAUGACUAUACAUGUAUCAUGUGACAUUGAUUUGAUCAAUGAAAUGCACAAUCUUUUUAUAUGCAAUCUUGAGUGCCUACUGUACUUUUAUAAUAUAUCAUACAAGUGCUAUGUGCUAUCAUUUUACAAAUAAAUUAUGAACAUUUCUAUUCUAUUAA